AUGGGACGACGAACCGACAUUAUUAAUGAUGAUAGUGAACAUCAUUCAGGCUCGUUAAUUCGAAUGGCGCAUGAAUCUCAACUUAAUUCUAAUCAAAAUUCGGACGAAGAUAAACUAUAUGAUGAUCCAUUGAUACAUGAUACGAUAUUACCGCAUCGUAAACGUGUUCGACGAGAGACUUUACUUUCUAUUCAACAACAAAAUUACUGUCAACCUCAGCAGUCUGAAUCCACAGCACGAUAUUUCAAGAUCAACGAUGAUAACAGAUAUAAUUUUUCUAAUAAUGAAAUGAAUGCAACAACAACAACAACAACAACAACCACAACAUCUUCUUCACCAAAUCCAUUAACAACAGUAGCUGCUAAUGGUCUUUUAAGUCUUUCAAAUUCAUUGAUCAUCAAUACUAAUGAUCAUAAUGAAUGUCAUUCAAAUAUUUCAAGUGGCGACGGAACAACAGCAUCAACAACAAAUGAAGAUUUAUCAUUAUUGUGUUGUGUUUGUCAAGAUCGUGCAUCGGGCAGACAUUAUGGUGUACUUUCUUGUGAAGGUUGUAAAGGCUUUUUUAAACGAAGUAUACGUAAACAAGUAUUAUACACAUGUUUAAGUACGAAAGAUUGUCCAAUAAAUAAAUUCAUGCGAAAUCGGUGUCAAUAUUGUCGAUUACAAAAAUGUCUUCAAGUAGGCAUGCGAGUUGAAGCUGUUCAAAAUGAACGACGACCUUAUACAAAUAAGAAUGAACUAGCAUCCAAUAGAAAUAAUAAUCAAUGCGUACGAAAACAAAAUGAACACAAUGUAUUAAAUUCAUCUUCAAAUGAUAUGCAAUCAUUUUCUAAUAAUAAAAAUGAUAGUGCAAUGCGAAUAGUAAAUGAAAAUAAAACUCUUCAUAGCAUUCUUUCGUCGACAUCAAGAGUCAAAACGCCGACAACACCUGCUUUUCUUUCUCCUCCAUCAUCGUCAUCGUCAUCAUCUAUAAGUACAACAACAAAUCUUCAUAUUGAUUGUAAUAUGAAAAUUGAAACAGCAAAUAAUCAUCAUGCCAUAGCUAUUACAAGAGCUUUUGAUAAUCUAGCAAAAGCUGCAUCACAUACUCGAUCAAAUACAAAUAAUAAACCUGUUGUAUCCACUCAACAUCACUAUCUUAUUAAUGAAAAAUACUAUUGGGAACAAAUUGAACGUCCACUGGUAACUGAGAUGACUAGUAUAUUUACAAUAACACCGCCGGCUCCUCCGAUAAAUCCUGAUUUACAACCAACGAACAGUUUUAUUUGUGAAACUGCAUCGCGUAUUCUUUUUCAGUCAAUUGAUUGGAUUAAAUGUAAUACGUGUUUUCAAGCAUUAGAUACACAACUUAAAAUAAUUCUCAUACAAAACAAUUGGUUACCAUUAUUUAUUCUUAGUCUUCUGCAAUGUUCGCCUACUGUUAAUUUACCGAAUAUUUUAACAACAUUACUUACUAAGAAAUUAGAUAACUAUGAAUCAAAUAAGUAUAACCAAUUACGACGUAUUCAAUCGCUUUUAUACGAGUUUGAUCGUCUACAAGUGACAUCUAUCGAAUACGCUUAUUUAAAAUUAAUGUUAGUGUUUAAUCCCAGUCAAAGCAAUGAAUUUAGUCAAUCCUACGAUCAAAUUGAUGCAUAUCGUAUAUUAAUAUAUAAAGAACUCCGCGAUUGUUUAAACGAUCGAUUAUUAUCAACAUCAUAUGAUGAAUUACGAUUAGGUCGACUUUUACUUAAAUUAUCAUCUUUAGCUGAAAUUGAUACGAGCAUAAUUGAAGAAAUUUUCUUUGUUGGCUUAAUUGGUUCAGUGCAAAUCUCUAAAAUCAUUCCAUGUAUUUUUAAAAUGAAUGUUGCAUCAUCAUCGUCGUCCUCGUCUUCAAUGGUUAAAUAUGAAAAAGCCGAUCAACAAGCACUUGUCUCGUCAUCAUUAUAG